AUGAUGAAAGAAUUUACAGGGAAUAAAGAAUUAGUGAGACAUGGUGUUACCCGAUUUGCUACUUCAUUCUUGACAUUACAGAGCGUGCAUCGUCAAAAACAUACUCUGAGAAAUAUGUUUACCUCUGAGAAAUGGGUGACAAGCAAAUGGGCAAAAGAAGCAAAAGGCAAGAGGGCUGCUGAUAUCAUCUUAAUGCCAUCCUUUUGGAAUCAUAUAGUUUAUAUAUUAAAGGUAAUGGGCCCUCUUGUUCGAGUCCUUCGAUUGGUGGAUAAUGAAAAUAAGCCUGCAAUGGGAUAUAUUUAUGAGGCUAUGGAUAGAGCAAAGGAGACGAUUAAAAGAUCUUUUAAUGAAAAUGAAGAAAAAUAUGAGAAAAUUUUUACAAUCAUUGACGAAAGAUGGAAUUGUCAACUUCAUCGUCCCUUACAUGCAGCAGGAUAUUAUUUGAACCCUGAAUUCUUUUAUAAGAUUAAAUCUGUUGGAUUUGAUGCAGAAGUUUUGGGUGGGUUAUAUCAGUGUGUUGCAAGAUUAGUUCCCAGCAUUGAGGUUCAAGAUAAGAUUAUUCAUGAAUUAUCUUUAUAUAAAAAUGCUGAAGGUCUUUUUGGAAUUCCAAUUGCCGUUCGAUCCAGGACAACUACCUCUCCAGCUGAAUGGUGGAGUCUAUUUGGAAAUUCCACCCCGAACUUACAGAAAUUUGCUGUCAAAGUACUUAGUUUGACAUGUAGUGCUUCGGGUUGUGAGCGAAACUGGAGUGUCUUUGAGCAUAUUCACUCGAAGAGAAGAAAUCGGUUAGAACAUCAACGAUUGCACGAUCUUGUUUACAUAAAGUAUAAUCAAGCUUUGAAGACUCGUCAUGAUUUGAAAAAUAGAUUUGAUUCAAUCUCAUUGCAAGAUAUUGAUGAUUCAAAUGAGUGGUUAAUAGGAGAAAUGGGUGCUAACUUGCAAGAUGCUGAAGACGAGCUUGUAUUUGAAGAUGAUAGAUUGACGUGGGGAGAUGUGGCAAGAGCUUCAGGUGCUGGAGAAUUACAAACAUAUACAAGACAGAUGUCAAAGAGAAAAAUGAGUGCAAAAGCAUCAAGCUCGGCUCCUGCUAUUGUUGAAGACAUAGAGAAUGAAACAUAUCUUGAUGAAGAGGAAGGAAUCGAAGAACAAGAGGAAGAAGACGAAUUUAAUGAAGAUGAUUUGUGUGAAAAUGACGAUAAUAUUGAUUAUGAUGAAUGACUUUGAUGUAAAAUGUUAAUGUUUUGAAUUUUGAAACUUUUUGUUAAUGUGACAUUGUGAUUUUGUAUCUUAGAUUUUCUUAAUUUAAUAGCAUAUUUUUAUUUAAAAUUUUAAAUAAUUAUAUUUAUUAAUUAUAUUAUAUAUUUUUAUAUUUUAGCGCCUCGCUUCGCUCGGGCGAGCGCCUGGGCGAGCGCCUAGCGCCUCGGGCGUUUUUGGACCUUGGCGCCUUUUGGCGCCUAGCGCUUUUUAAAUCACUGAUCAGUAUGAUGGCAUGGACUGGACCUGUACCAGUCUGGACAUGGACUGCUCCAGGUCUAGGACCUACUAUUGCAGUUCUUGGUAUUAUCUUCUUUGAUAUAAACAUGGAUAUUCUUUGCGACCAAUGCACAAUCAAAUCAUCAGCAGAUUCAACCAUUAAUUGUGUUUUAAAGAACACCAUUCUAUUGUCAGUUCAUCAAGUAAAUUCGACCGAGAAUUGCUUUCUUAGAAAUAUCUAUUAGACAUCCAUGAGAUGAGCAACAAUUCAGUCAGGAUACAGUAACUUAUUAAUGUCAAAAUUUCUCACUCACACACUAAUGAGAUUCAAUCAUCUCAGCCAGCAAACAUGCACUUUUAUCAUUGCAUAAAUGCGAAACAGUCUCCUCAAGUCAACUUGUAGAGUAAUACUCAAAAGAUAUAAGGUAUGGGUUGACGAUCAAGUAGAAUGCACGUAUCAUAUCCUGGUGUCCCCGACUUGCAUGGACAACGUAGACCC